AUGUCAAUAUAUCUAAGUAUAAUACUAUUACAAUGUUUAUUAAUUGUAUCAAUAGAAAGUCGACGAAAUCUUCGUGAUUAUGUUGUCUCACAUGAAUAUUCAUCUGGAUUAAGACGAGAAGAAUUUUCAGUUUAUGAUGAAACAGAAAAUAAUGUACUUUGUCGUUUAGAAACAUUAGGAUAUGGUAAUAAUCGUUUAAGUAAUCUUAUUAGUUAUCCAUCAUAUCAAACAAUUGGUUCGAUUAGAAAUGUUUGGUCACCAUUUUGUGAGAUUUUAUUUAAAGAAUUUAUUUAUAAAAUAAUAAUUUAUUUUGUUUUAGUAUAUCAAUCCUAUUUUAAUGUAUUCGAUGAUCAAUUAAAUCAAUGGAUGCCAGGACAAAUAACUCAACGUUAUCGUCCACAAGGUUUUAGAUUUACAAUUGGUUAUGGUGGACAUAUUUAUACAAUGGAAAAUAAAGUUGGUUCAUCUAUAAUCGAUGUUAAAGAUGAAUUAAGACCAAAUUAUAUUCUAACAAGAUUUUAUCAAACAAAUCUUAAUCCAUUAUUUAAUUCAUUUAAAUAUGAUAUUCAAGUUUAUAGAGAUGAUUUACCUGAUCCAAUUUAUAUAUUAGCACUUUAUGCUCUAGAUACUGUAACAUAUCAAAAGAAAUAUAAUGUUACUCAAUAA